CAGCACACAUAACAUAGCGAGGGAGAAGGGGAGAGAGAGAGAGAGAGAGAGAGAGAGAGAGAGAGAGAGAGAGAGAGAGAGAGAGAUGGCUUGCAGGCAGUUGUGGGCUUCAAGAGCUGCGUCCUACCUCAGGAUCUCUAUCUUCCACAGAGGCUUUUCGAAUGUUGUUAAAGAUUUGAAGUAUGCUGAUUCUCAUGAGUGGGUAAAAGUUGAUGGAAAUUCCGCAACCGUUGGGAUAACGGAUCAUGCCCAAGAUCAUUUGGGUGAUGUUGUAUAUGUUGAAUUGCCAGAAGUGGGAGUGAAAGUAACACAAGGAGGUAGUUUUGGUGCAGUUGAAAGUGUGAAGGCUACUAGUGAUAUUAACUCUCCUGUUUCAGGAAAAGUGGUUGAAGUCAAUGAAGAGCUUAACAGCUCUCCGGCUUUGGUCAACUCAAGCCCUUAUGAAGAUGGAUGGAUAAUUAAGGUUGAGAUGAGUGAGAGUGGUGAGCUAAACAACUUGAUGGAUUCAGAGAAGUACUCCAAGUUCUGUGAAGAAGAAGAUUCCAAGCAUUGAUGAUCUUGUGAAGAUCUUUCAGCACUCUCCUGGUUGUAGAUCAUGUUAAACUCGGGAAGCUAAGAAUUGCUUGUUUCCUUUUCACAAUUUGUCUUUGUGUCGAGUCUUGAGUGCUCUAUCUUUAUUUUUCACGAGCUUCUGAUUCAGUGGAAUGAUAUUUUUCACUUUUUAUGAAAGAAUACAAAACUACAUCUGAAAAGAUAUAGAUUUACAUAUGACGCUAAACUGAGUUUAAAUUUAUGUAAUCAUUCUUAGGUCUGUACUACAUUUCCUUCUUCACAUCAAUCACUCGUCAAUUUUUGGU